AUGAGCCGCCGCGAGCCCGCCGCCUCCCCCUUCCGCGACCUCUCCAACCUCCGCACCCCGAGACCCAACCCCAAUGCCGUACCCCCCUCGCCGCAGUUCUUCACCGCCUCCAAAGCCCCCCUCCAGGCUCCCACUCCGACCCCACUCCGCCGCCGGAGGCCUGGCAACGGCGCCCCGACCCCGACGCCCCUCGGCCGCCGCCUCCGCGCGCUCGAGGUCGACCAGUCGCGCUCCGCCCGCCGCGCCGAGUCCGGCCGCGAGCGCGCCCUCCGUGCCUUCGCCGCCUCCGCCUCGUCAUGGCUGUCGCUCCUCCUACGCAACCCCUCCGCCUGCAGCUGCUCCCCGGCGGUCACCGAUUCCGCCGCGGCCGCGCAGCCCUGCGCUGCGGGGAAGCGCGGCGCGCUCGAUGGAGAGAGGGCACGUGGGGGGCGCAGUCCGAAGAGGCGCCGCGGUGCUGGUGAUCGCGGCGGGGAGAGGAGGAAGGAGAUGACGCCGGCGAUGGUGGCCGCGUUAAGGGAAUCUCUGAGGGAGGCGUGCAGCCUGGAGGAUGUCACGGAGAGGUUGGAGAACUACAUGAGUAAGGGCGCGUGUGAGGAGGUGCUAUUCAUGAUGUUUCAAAUUUGUAAGAACGUUGACGAAGGCAGAUUGAAGAUGAAAGCACAGUGCCCCCUUGUUACUGACCUUAGGCUCAAAGAGAAAGCAACUAGGGUUUUCAUGUCCUACAACCCAUAUUGGCUCAGGAUUGGCUUGCAUAUUAUUCUUGGUGGUGAUUCCUUGCUGCAGUCUGGACAAGGAAAAUGGGACAAGGAGGUUCAUUUUCUAAAACUAAUUCUGGAGAAGCAUAUGUUUUCUCAAAUGAUGACUGCAAAAUCAUCUGGUCACAAGAAGGUGGUAGAAGAGCACCAUGUACAAGGUUACAGUGAAGUGCUGGGCAAUAUUAUAUUGAAAAGAAUUUUUCUGCUUGUUGUUGCACUAGACAGAGCGAAAAUAGAAAGUGCUCUACCUCUCGAAGCUGGAAUCGAUGGCCUUGAUGGUGGAUCCCCUCUUUUAUUUUCUCACCAAGGUCAAAUAAAAUCUAGUCGUCAAAUCAUUCAGGAGUCUUUGAGGGAGACCAUGCAUGGAGAAGGUGACAUUCUGAUACACCUCACAACUGUGGGAUAUAAGCUAAAUUAUCAACAGCCUGCUCUGUCAGAAUAUGAUUUCACCAUGAGGAGUUUAUUUGAAGAUCUCCAAGAUGGCAUAAUUCUUUGUAGAGUUGUUCAGUUGCUCCUCGCAGAUGCAUCAAUCAUUUCGAAAGUAAUUGCUCCCUCAGAUACAAACAAGAAGAGGCUAAGUAACUGCAGCACUGCUAUACAAUAUAUCAAACAAGCUCGGGUUCCAUUAUCUGAUUCUGAUGGAGUCACAAUUUCGGCGGAAGACAUCGCUGCUGGGGAUAAGGAGCUUAUUCUUUCACUGCUGUGGAAUAUGUUCAUCCAUAUGCAGCUACCCUUGUUAGCAAGCACAGCCUCACUAGCUCGUGAAUUAACCAGGCUAAAUGUACAUGUAAUGGAACAACAAAUGUCUGAGAACAAGCCACACAUGGGUUUUCUUUACAAUUGGGUUCAGGCAAUAUGCUCAAAGUAUGGCAUGACUGUUGAAAGCUCAUCUCAGUUUGACAGAAGAGCACUGAACUGCCUCAUCAACUAUUAUUUGAACAUUGAUAUGUUACCCCCCAAGGAAACACUAACUGGAUGCCGAAAGGAAUUGUUCACCUGUCACCAACUUGAUACUAUAACUGAUAUCACUAGCUGUCCAUCCAGCAAGAUGGGGAAAGCACUCUCUGAUGUUCUUCAUGAGGUGGAUAUUCCAGCAAGUGACAUCCUAGCUGAUGGUGUAUUAUUUGAUGAGAAGAGUACCAUUCUUUUGCUAGCGUUCCUAUCUUCACAUCUGACUAAUGAUGAAAGAUUGGGUCAUCUAAAGAAUUUGAUCAACAUGAGGUUGGACUACAAGUGUGUGGAGACUAAGAUUUCAGCAAGACGUACAUCUCGAGGAAAGAUUGAUACGAAGUAUCAUGCCUCUCAGACAGAUAAAAAAGAUGGUGCAUGCACCAACCAGGUGGAGCACUGUGAGGAUGUGGAUACAUUGAGAGCUUCUGUUGCUCCUCAUAUUCUUUGUUUUGAUGGCAUGGAUAGUCUACACUCAACAACUCCACUGCAGCUUAGCGGCAACCAAAGCAACUCUAUAACUUCUACCACUCAGCUAUGGAAAAGUGGGCAUGAGUCUAUACCUCCUCCCAAUUCUCCAUUGGAUAUGUUUGAGAGUAAUUGGCGAUCGUGUGUGGUUGAGACGUCCAAUGCAGUUUCCGUCAGUAAGCUUGUGAGUGUGGAUGACAUGGAGUGCAGCAGUAAUAUUUCUUCUCAGGAAUUCUUAAAGCCUGUAUCUACCUGUAUUUAUUUCCCUGUUUGCAAGGAACUAGUUGCUGCUCAAAGGAUACAAAAUGCAUACCGAAGAUUUUUGAACAAUAGAAACAGGAUAACGGCUGCAAUUAAAAUCCAGAGCCAGUGGCGAUGCUAUUCAGUACGCAAGUGCUUCACAAAGCAAGUUCAAGCUAUUGUAGGAAUCCAAACAUCAAUAAGAGUAUUCUUGUGCCUCCAAGCUUUGCAACGCCACCGACUUGCUGCGGUACUGAUUCAGCGAGUUGUCAGAGGAUGGUUGGCUAGAAAGAAACUGUUAGGUUCUUCUUCACUGCGAACCUACACAAGACUUUGUGUAAUUGACCAAAGUCAAAAGAGAAAAUGUUAUCAAAGCCUUGAGUUGAACAUUGUGCUAGAUUCUGUCAUAAGGCUACAAAGGUACUGGAGGAAGUUCCUGCUGCAUCAGUCUGUCAAAACAUCUGUGAUCUCAAUCCAGUCUUUUGUCCGUGGCUGUUUGGCACGAAAACAACUAAAUCAAACUUUCUGCUGCAUCAACAUCAUUCAAAGAUGGUGGCGAAAGGUUCUCCAAUCGAGGAAGCGAGCUGUGAUUGUUAUCCAGACUCAUUUCCGUGGUUGGAUUGCACGACAAGAUGCUAUCAGGACUAGAAACUCUAUUAGUAACAUACAGAUAUGGUGGAGAAAGGUUUUGUUCAAUAAAUUGAGGAAGCAAGCUGUUUUUGUUAUCCAGGCUCAUUUCCGUGGUUGGAUAGCACGACAAAUUGCUUCUAGAACUAGAAAAAGUAUUACUACAAUACAGUCCUAUCUCAAAGCCUACCUUGUGAGGAAGGCCUCGAAGCAAGAAGUUGCACAGAUAAGAUCUAGACUGCAGAAGUCUUCUUCACAAGUUGAUGAUAGUAUGCGCCUGAUCAACAGACUGGUGUCUGCACUGUCACAACUCCAUCACUGUCGGAGCAUACACAGCAUUCGUCAAACUUGUGUAACAUUGAGUACUGCUACAGAGUAUUCCAAGAAAUGCUGCGAGACACUAGUCACUGCUGGUGCUGUAGAUAUAUUGCUGAAGCAAAUCCAUUUGCUGAACCGUGGGAUUGCUGACCAGGAAGUCUUGAAGCAAGUGUUCCUUACUCUCAGGAACAUUGCUCGCUGUGCAAAUCUUAGACAGGUGUUAGCCAGCACUCCAGAAUCUGCUGAAAUCAUCUUCCAGGAAUUACUGAGGAACAAAGCAGAUGUGUUCUUCAUCGCGUCUGAUAUUCUAAAAAGCCUAUGUGAAUCCAAGGAAGGCCAUGAAACUGUCCAAGCGCUGAGUCACCACAUCAAAAGGCUGCGCAAUCUGGUGCAAGACCUGGAAAACAAGGUGGAGCUCGACAAGAGGUGUGAGAAUCAUCGGCUUGAUGUAUUGGGUUAUUAA